AUGUCGGUAAAGAAAUCGAACUCUCCAUGUGCCUUUCUGAAGUACCUGCUAGCCAGUGCUUUGGCUCUACGAAUAGGGCUCUUUGCCUUCAGUAUUUGGCAGGACGCAACCCGCUGGCCCGAUGGACAACUGCGUUUUACAGACGUAGAUUAUGAUGUUUUUACCGAUGCCGCGAAAUCCAUGGUGGCUGGUCGUGAUAUUUAUGAAGAUCGACCAACAUAUCGUUAUUCACCAUUGAUCGCCAUUAUUCUUUGUCCUGGACACUAUGUUUUCUCUCGGUUUGACCUCCCAGUAUCCUUUUAUCCAUUUGCUUAUGCCUUUGGGAAGGUCAUUUUCAUUGCAUGCGAUAUUAUAUGCUCUCUGCUUCAACGAAAUAUAAUUGCGGUUGAACAUCCCAACCACCCAAAGAGUUCUCAAACAAUCUCCUGGCUAGUGGGUAUUUUUUGGCUAUUUAAUCCAAUAACAGCUGCAGUUUCGGUCCGUGGAAAUGCGGAAUCUGUCCUCGGCGUUUUUGUGCUGUCCUGUCUCUACUCACUAUUGUGCAACCGUAUUAUACUCGCGGGUCUUCUCUUUGGAACUUGCAUUCAUCUAAAACUCUAUCCAGUUAUUUAUGCACCGGCCGUCUACCUGUACCUUUGUGAUCCAACUAAGGCUUCGAUAUUUCGUCUACCCACUUUACGCCACUGGUGUUUCGGAUUCGCAACUCUUGCAUCUCUGUUGAGCUUAACCGGGGCUGGAUAUUGGGCUUACGGAUGGACGUUCCUUCAUCACGCUUACUUCUAUCACUUCACGCGUGUUGACUUCUGGCACAACUUUGCUCCCCAUUUCUAUCCCAUCUACUUAUUUGAGGGAGUACUCGCCAUAAACUCAACCAACCCUAGAGAUCUCUACGACCCAAACUUAUUCCCCUACAACUAUAUGCCUGAAUGGAUUCUGGACGCCUUUUUCCAAAAUGCUACGCUAGAGAGGAUGUACAUGGUCUUCAAGAUAUUGAUUAUGAUACCUUCAGUGGUAUUAAUAAUUGUGCUGUCUUUUCGGUAUUGGCGGAAACAAAGCUUUGCAUGGUUCGCUAUCACAUUCACUUUUGUUGCUUUCAAUAAGGUGAGCAUUUAA